UUAAAAGUCCGGACAAACAUUUAUACUUUGCAUUCCCGAUGGGCAUUACUUGAUCUACGGAUUCGGAGAGACGUUGUUUUCGAAUCUCAAGUUCAAAUGAGGCUAGUGGUUCUGGGCUGUUUGCUGCUGGCACUGGAGACAGUUAGCUGGUGUCUCAAAGAUCCUAUCUGUGGACAACCGCCUGCAGCAAAUGGCAACGAUUUCAUUAAGUGCGCUGGAAGUUUUGAAAAGUUCAGUUACUAUCCACAUAUAAAUUCUUGCCGAAAAUUUGAAUACGGCGGCUGUCUUGGAAAUGAUAAUAGUUUCAAUACCCUAGAAAAAUGCCAUAAAAAGUGCCAAGUAAAUUUUUAUACAUUGCUAUCGUGCUAAAAGGCAUGAAUAAUUAUUAAAAAACCCUUGAGUAUAUAAA